AUGAAAACCACUUCGCUUUUUACGUUUGCCGUACUGGCCAGCCUUGCGGCUGCGAAUUUUGAGUUCCGAAGCCGUCCGGAGUUUGCUAUUCCGCAUUUGAAUAUCACAACAACUGAAAAGCUAGGGUCUCUCGAAAAAGGCUUGCUGUUUGUCGGCCAGUACCCGGGCUUUACGACAGGCCCAGACAAUGUCGCCUUCGGCCCCAUCCAGCCGGCUGCUUACAUUUUCCAGGACGACGGCGAGCUGGUUUGGUCCGGUGUCGGCUAUCAUGCCGGCUGGGUGGCCAACUUUGCGCCUGUGAUCUGGAAGGGCGAGCCAUACUUGCGGGCAUUCCAGGGCGCAUUGGAUCCGGUUCACGGCCGGAUGUUUGGCUUCCACUCGCUGCUGGACAAGCACUACCGGCCGGCCAAGGUGCUGCAAUCUGGUGGUCACCGCUGGGCAUCGGCACACGAGUUUAAUAUCAUCGACGAGAAGACAGCGCUGAUUGAAAUUCCCCUGCCUGUCGUGGCGUCGCUCAAACCGUGGGGCGGCGACGAGAGCCAGGUCUGGGUCCUGUCCAGCGGUUUCCAAGACCCGAAGCGCAGCGCGUUCCCUCUGGACACGAAAACGAAUAUUUUUGGCUCGGGCCGCUCCGAGAGCGACGCGUGGAACUACUUUCAUGUCAACAGUGUGGACAAGGACGGCGACGGCAAUUACCUAAUGUCGGCGCGCAACAUGCUGGGCGGCCUGCACGGCGGUGCAGACUUCGAAUUUGAGAACCCAGAAAACGAUGUUUUUGGUUACCAGCACCACGCCCGUUUUCGCGGCCGUUCAACGGACGGAAGUAUCGAGUACAUCUCCCUGUUCGACAACGGCGCCCAUUCGGCCGAUGUGAAGACGCACCCUACGUCGCGUGCUCGUGUUUACAAGCUCGACUACAACACCGGCAAAGCCACCGCAAUUCGCUCAUACGAGGCACCUGACGGCCUGUCUGCAUCCACACAGGGCAGUACGCAGAUUCUGCCCAACGGCCAUGUCUUUGUCAACUGGGGCCAGGCAGGCGCAAUCACCGAGUAUGCCGAGGACGGCGAGGUUCUGUUCCAUGCUUACCUGGACUCGGACCCGGCUGGUCACCUGGUGCAGAGCUACCGUGGUUUCCGGGCGAACUGGACGGGUAUUCCCGCGGAAGAGCCAGCUCUCGCAGUCUAUGUAUCGGAUUCGGCCAACAAAGAGGGCAUCGAUGCCUAUGUGUCGUGGAACGGCGACACCGAGACAAAAGUCUGGCGCUUUUAUGUGGCAUUCGAUGGCCGUUUCUUGGGUGAGGUGAAGCGUUCUGGUUUUGAGACGCAUGCAUUCUUCAAGAACGUUGCUUCGGUGCCAUUCCUGGAUAGUGUUAAAAUCUACGCGGAGGCGAUUGACGGCGACGGCACCGUUCUGUGA